CCGACCUCCUGGGACCUUUCCUUCCUGUGUCGCGGAGCCACGCGGCAUCCCAGCGCUCUUCACCAUGAAGUUCAAUCCCUUCGUGACUUCGGACCGAAGCAAAAACCGCAAACGCCACUUUAAUGCCCCCUCGCACGUGCGCAGGAAGAUCAUGUCGUCCCCGCUCUCCAAGGAGCUACGGCAGAAGUACAAUGUUCGCUCCAUGCCCAUCCGCAAGGACGAUGAAGUCCAGGUGGUUCGAGGACACUACAAAGGUCAGCAAAUCGGCAAGGUAGUCCAGGUGUACAGAAAGAAAUACGUCAUCUACAUUGAGCGGGUGCAGCGUGAGAAGGCUAAUGGCACAACCGUCCACGUGGGCAUUCACCCGAGCAAGGUGGUUAUCACCAGGCUAAAACUGGACAAAGAUCGGAAAAAAAUUCUUGAACGCAAAGCCAAGUCUCGACAAGUUGGAAAAGAAAAAGGCAAAUACAAGGAAGAACUUAUUGAGAAAAUGCAGGAAUGAAUAUAAUCUUUGUGCAACCAUGGUUUAACUGUAGAUUUUUAGCCUAGUGUGUGUUUCUUUGGAACUGUUCAAAAAUAUCUCUGGAACAUUCCAUUUCCCUCCUGUUUUGUUGUUGACCUGUAGUCUGUAAGUCUGCUUUUGCAAUUUUGAUUAAUAAUUUUAUGAAUAAAAAUUGAAAAUGUUUCCUAGUUCCAAAUAGUAUUUGUAUUGUUUGUAAAUAAAAUCCAUCUUAUUA